AUUUGGGCAGUAUGUAUGGAGACAUACUUGGAAGCUUUAGAUCUUUGAGAAGUAGUGGAAGAAGACUAUGAAAUUCCUGCACUUCCAAACAAUCCCACCAUGGCACAGAUUAAAGCACAGAAAGAAAAGAAGACAAAGAAAUCAAAGGCAAAGGCCUGCUUGUUUGCUGCAGUCUCAUCCAUCAUCUUCACUCGUAUCAUGUCUCUGAAGUCAGCAAAAGAGAUAUGGGAUUAUCUCAAGAAUGAAUAUGAAGGAGAUGAAAGAAUUAAAGGGAUGCAAGUCCUUAACUUGAUUAGGGAAUUUGAACUUCAAAGAAUGAAAGACUUCGAGACGAUCAAAGAUUACUCCGAUAAGCUUCUGAGUAUCGCAAACAAAGUAAGGCUUCUUGGAUCUGAAUUUACUGACUCAAGAAUUGUAGAAAAAAUUCUUGUUACAGUUCCUGAAAGAUAUGAAGCAACCAUCACUGCCUUGGAGAAUACAAAGGAUCUGUCAAAAAUUUUCUUAACAGAAUUGCUUAAUGCUUUGCAAGCACAAGAACAAAGAAGACUGAUAAGGGAAGAUACAACAAUUGAAGGAGCUUUGGCAGUCAAGCAUCAAAAUGUGGCCAAAAGCAAAAGAAAGAAGAAAAAGGAUUUUGAAGGAAAUGGGGCAAGUACUGCAUCAGCCAAUGCAAAAAAAAAAAAGAAUGAAAAUCAAAAGAAAUCCUAUUCACCUUGCCAACAUUGUGGAAAGAAGGGUCGUCCUCCAUUUAGAUAUUGGAGAAGACCUGAUGCUAAAUGA